AUGCAAUAUCUUGUUCAAUGUCACAUUCAUAUGCACGAAGACCGUGAAUUGUUUGCUAAAAUCCUUGAACUUCAAAACAACAGUAGAAAAGAGAAGGGAUGUAAGUCUUAUUUUGUUUGUCAAGAACCUACAAACACAACACAUUAUAUGGUUAUUCAAAGAUGGGAAAACAAGAACCAAUUUGAAACUCAUCUAACUUCUUCUCAUUACAAGAAGUUCAUUGAGUAUGUCAAAACAGUCACUAAUACCCCAAUUACUUAUGAGUAUUUUGACACUAAUUAA